AUGUUCUUACGGUUAUGUGAGAAUGAGGUGUUUGAACGGAGGUCAAGAGGAAAAAGUAAACACUAUUACAAUUUAACACAGGAUGAGUUUCAGGUACCAGAAACCUUUGAAGAUGUUGCUGUUGAUUUUUCAAGGGAAGAGUGGAAGAUGCUGAGUGAUCAGGAAAAAGAACUAUAUAAGGAAGUGAUGUCACAGAACUAUGAGCACAUGGUAUCACUAGUUAUUUCGGAACAUCUUAGUUACGUACCAGAAACCUUUGAAGAUGUUGCUGUUGAUUUUUCAAGGGAAGAGUGGAAGAUGCUGAGUGAUCAGGAAAAAGAACUAUAUAAGGAAGUGAUGUCACAGAACUAUGAGCACAUGGUAUCACUAGGAUACAACAUCCCAAAGGAUGAACUGUUGCUACUAAUUGGAAAACAUGACAAACUUGUAGCUGAAUCUUUGGAAGGAGCAUACACCCUACCUCGUAUGAGUGUGUGUGAUGAUCCCACUUGCAUCUGCAGGGGUACGCAGUGUUGUCAGAGUCCAUGUCAGAUGUCACUACAGAGGGAGCUUCCUAAAUCUGGAUGUGCCAAGAGCUUCUUAUGGCCAGUGUCUGCUAACCCAUCAAAAUUAACUCCAACUGGAAAUAAAUAUACUAAAUACAUGGACAAUUCCAUAAGUUUUAGCAAAGAGAAUAAACUAAAAGGCAUUGCAUCCCAUGCAGAUACCCACAGUGAGGAGAAUGUAUAUAAGUAUGAUACAUGUGACAAGAGUUUUAAAAAGUGCCAAUUUGCAAACCAUAAGGAAGCAAACACUAAAGACAGGCCAUAUAAAUGUUCAUUAUGUGACAAGACUUUUGCACUUAAGAACAGUCUAAUAUACCAUGAAAAAACUCACUGUGGUGGGAAGUUAUAUAAAUGUGCAACAUGUGAUAAAAUUUUUAGACAGAAGGGUGGCCUCCUGUACCAUGAAAAAACUCAUACAGGAGAGAGGCCUCAUAAAUGUACAGUAUGUAACAAGAGUUUUAUACAGAAAAUUCAGCUCGUAUCCCAUGAGAGAACUCACACUGGUUAUCGGCCUUAUAAGUGUGGUACAUGUGAUAAGAGUUUUAUAUUGAAGUGUCAGCUCACACAGCAUGAGAAAAUGCACAGUGGAGAGAAGCCAUAUCUGUGCACGCUGUGUAAUAGGAGUUUUAUACGAAAGUGGCUACUAACAUGCCAUGAAAGAACACAUGCUGGCAAUAAGCCAUAUAAAUGUACUACAUGUGACAAGAGUUUUAAGCACAGAAAUAGUCUUGUUUAUCAUGAAAAAACUCAUUCUGUAGAGACUCCAUAUAAAUGUGCAACAUGUGGCAUGAGUUUUAUGCAGAAGAACAGUUUUAUAUUCCAUAAAAAAACACACUCCGGGGAGAAGUCAUAUAAAUGUGCCACAUGUGAUAUGAGUUUUAUAUCAAAGAGCCACCUGACACAGCAUGAAAAAAUGCACACUGGUGAGAAGCCAUAUCAGUGUGCAUGGUGUAACAGGAGUUUUACACGAAAGUGGCUUCUGACGACCCAUGAGAGAACACACACUGGUAAUAAGCCAUAUAAAUGUGCUACAUGUGACAGAAGUUUUACACAGAAAAGUGGUCUUGCAUAUCAUGAAAAAACUCAUGUUGUAGAAAAGCCAUAUAAAUGUGCAACAUGUGAUAGGGUGUUUAUACAGAAGAACAGUUUUAUAUUCCAUAAAAAAACUCACACUGUGGGGAAGCCAUAUAAAUGUGCAACAUGUGAUAAAACUUUUACACAUAAGGGCAGUCUAGUAUACCAUGAAAAAACUCAUACGGGAGAGAGGCCACAUAAAUGUGCAACAUGUGACAAGAGUUUUAUACAGAGGUGCCAGCUUGCAUCCCAUGAGAAAACUCAUACUGGUGAUCGGCCGUAUAAAUGUGCUACAUGUGAUAAGAGUUUUAUAUCAAAGAGCCACCUGACACAGCAUGAGAAAAUGCACUCUGGUGAGAAGCCAUUUAUAUGUGCAUGGUGUAAUAAGAGUUUUAGGCACAAGUCACUUCUAACAUCCCAUGAGAGAAAACAUACUGGUAAUAGGCCAUAUAAAUGUGCUACAUGUGACAAGAGUUUUACACAUAGAAAUAGUCUUGUAUACCAUGAAAAAAAACAUUGUGAAGAAAAGCCACAUAAAUGUGGAACGUGUGGCAAGAGUUUUAUAAUGAAGAGCCAUCUCCUAUACCAUGAAAAAACUCAUAUUGGAGUGAAUAAUAUAUUCUAUAUUAUAUUACCAUCUCCUAAGUACUGAUACAGAAAGUCAGAAAACGCCAGGAUUUCCAAGCCGAAGCUAGAGCAAUGUUGGAACAGCAGCACUAAUGAAAAUAACUUUUUAGAUGUAGUUAAAUAUCUGGCCAGUACAUGUAACUGUCUACGAACUGUAGAAUUGGACAAUUCUGGGUACAUUGCAGGUGCUGAGUAAAGCACUCUUGGCAAACAACAAAGACGAAGUAAUACAAAUUUAUUGAACUCUAACUGUAAACUAACUCAAGAACAGGCUGCAUUCCUGUCACAGUAAUAAAACCUCAAAAUAUUUGAAGGAAUCAAAAAGAAGGAAACAUUUUAUAUAUAAAAUAUUGCUUUCAAGCAUUCUUAAAAUUUUAGUCAGUACAUGUAACUCCAUAUGAAUUACAAAGGCGACAAUUCUGGGUAAUCUGUGGGUAUUGAGAAGAGCACUCUUGGCAAACAUGAAAGAUUAAAACAGUGCUACUGUCAUGAACAAAUAAAAACUGAAGUGAAGGUGCAACAGAAAACUGAAGAGUUUAGUGUGGUGAGUCUGAUGCAGGCAAUUUCACAACAGACUGAGACCAUGACUCUUUACAAAAUGUUGUAGUGCACAGAACAGGACACUUGGAAAGAGAAUAUGGCACAGACUACAGUUUUGAAGUCUUCUGCAGAAGACCAGUUAGGAUUGCACAGAAAGGGGGAAGAGCAGUUAGCAGAGAGGAAAUAGGAUAUUUCAGCCAAGACCAGUAUGAUCCAAGGGAAUCUUGCAUGUUUAAAUAUAAAAGGACAAGUGUAUUAAGAUAGACGAGAACAGACUACAGAAAGUAAAUAAUACUGAAAGUAUUAGAAGCUUGAUAAACAGGUAAAUACAGUAAUUAGGACAUUUAAGAGAGUGUUUCAUGAAAUGCAAUAUAAUAAACAGAAUAUACUACUGUGCUGAUAAAUAAGUAACAGAUAAAGCACUACCACAGAAAUGCAGAGUAACAAACGAAAGGAAGGAAACGGGCAGAAUGACAUUGUGGAAGCAUCAAAUAGAGAGAACGAUAAAGCACUUAAAACAUGAAGUAUCACAUAACGAGAACGAUAAAGCACUUAAAACAUGAAGUAUCACAUAACGAGAACGAUAAAGCACUUAAAACAUGAAGUAUCACAUAACGAGAACAAUAAAGCACUUAAAACAUGAAGUAUCCUCACAUAACGAGAACGAUAAAGCAC